AUGUCAACUGACUACAAACUGCGAACAUUCUUUCUAGUAUAUACGUUGCUUCCUUACUCGUUUCAAGCGCUAUGUCAUUCUGACAUCUUGUAGCGCACUUCUCUCACUAUGCAAGCCAAUAUUAUCGCCGGUGUACAAAUAUGCAGCGAGUAUACGAAAAGCCCGAAUCUCCUUUAAUACGAACUCGACCGGAUCUUGAAUAAGAUGGCUUCGUUGCUCAACCCGAGAGUUGCUGAGGCUACCGAUUCAGAUAAUGACGGUUACCGCCAAAAUCCGCGUUCUAAUGCUGCUACUGGAGCGUCUGCGGCAGGUACUCGUGCUCUCAGUGCACAGCUUAUAGCAUUUUACUUUCGAGCACCUGUCAAAGCGUUUUUUCGCACUCGUGUUGACUAUAUGGCGUUUCCCCGAGCAAUAAACCCUCGAAUUCAAGAAAAGAAGUGGUCGUUUCAUACAACUACGCCCGGAUUAAUCGCACAUGCUGUGCGUGUUCAUGGCUGGUCGUUCUUGCCGAAUCAAGUACUUCCACCUCUACUUGCCAACACUACCGUCGGCGCUAUCCUCUACGUUUCCUAUCUACAAGCUUUAGGAGCCCUACAUCCCCCAGCGAAGGAAGGAAAAGGAAGGAUCUAUCCACCGCCACCUCCUACAAGCACCUUUGCAGCAGGAUUUUUAGCGGGUGUUAUACAGUCACUAAUUGCGGCCCCUCUGGAUGCUCUACAAGUUCGGUUACAUACAAGCGGUGUACUGGAAGGACAAUAUCAGAGUAUGUGGGAAUAUGGCUGGAAGAAAUUAAGAGAGAUAGGGGUCCGUGGCAUAUUUGCAGGGUGGUCGCUCUCCCUGCUGCGCGACUCUUUCGGGUAUGCCGCCUUCUUCACCUCUUUUGAAUAUGUUAAAUCGCAGGCAUACUACUCCUAUAUCAUUUGGUAUUAUGGAAGUCUACAACGGAAAGACCCUUCGAAGAUGGCAGCUCUUCAAGAAUACGAGAAGACAACCAUCAAGCCGCACUAUGCCCUUGAGCCCUGCUUCCUUUUAGGCGCAGGGAUUGCUGCGUCUCUCUCGCAGCAAAUCAUUCAAUAUCCUAUCGGCAUCAUCCAGGAUUUGCAUUACGGCCGUUUGGAAUACUUGGAUCACCAAGCUAGACUGCGUCACCCGCGCCCUCAAAUGUUGAAACACUACUAUCACGCCUACCAAGAGACUUUCAAGCGCUGUCAGAAGAGAGCCAGCAGAAGCGGAGGUUGGAUGCGAUGGCUAUACAAAGGGUUUUUACGCAACAGCAUUCGUCAGGUGCCCAGUACCAGUGCGGGUCUUGUGAUUUUUGAGCUUAUGCGAAGAAAGUAUGCCACUGCGGCUGACACGGUCCUUAUUGAGAAGGAUGGUUUUGAUAUCCUCCUGACCAAUUAGGGCCAGGACUGACUAUAAGUAUUCGGAACAGCAUCGUCUGCAUAUAUUUUUUCUGGACAGGUCUAUUUGACAUCGUGAUGUCCUCCACGACUACAAACAACACAUGUAUCAUAAAAUGCUAGAUAGAUAUAUAAACUUUCUGAAAACAACUUC